AUGGCUUUAUUCCAAAACAAUGUAGCAGUGUUGCUGUUAUAUGUUGCGCUGAUUGAGAGCUGUGCGAGUGCACCCGAGAAUUGUACAAGGGGUAUAAAAUUUGUAUCGGAAUAUAUACGUCAUCUACACAGGCUUGUUGGUGAAUGGGUGCUUAUCAAUUGCACAGUUAAUUACCAUGACAUUAAUGUUCAACUUUUGGAUGGAAACGAGAAGCCUUUACAUGUUGAGAACAAAAACAUUAAAAUUGUAGUAAAAAAUAUCUUCAAUGUGACAAAAGUAACACAAGACCACAAAGAGUACAUCUGCCAAGCUUGCAAUGAGAAAAGAACUAUACAGAUCAUCCCUCACAAAAGUGUGCCAUCCUAUGCGAAUCCUUCAAUUACGGUAGAACCAAAAAAACCCGAAUAUGAUCUUGGUGACAAGGUUUCGCUAGAUUGCAAUAUUGCUGGUAUUCAAUUCAUAUAUGCUUCCCGAUACUAUAGAUUUUUUUGGAAGAGUAAUGGAAGAAACAAAGAAAAAUGUGAAACAAAAAACCGAAAGAACUGUAAAAUAACGUUUAAUAUUACCGCAGAAUCUGAAGGAACCUACUUAUGCUUGAUAGAAAGAAAAGCUUGCCAGACCCAAAAUUUACAUUGAAAACGACGCAGACGAGUUCUCACUUGGUGAAGGAAAGAAUUUGACGUUUACCUACAACGUUACGUCUUAUCCUGCUGCCGAUAUCUUUUGGUUGCGUUUGAAAUAUGAUGGAUCAACCUAUCAGUCACUAACAAGUUGUUCUGCGCAUGAAAAACACUGCAAAAAUCAUGACGGACAAGAAAAAAUUACAAGAAACAAGUUCGAAGUAAAGUCUGU